GCCCUCGGUUGUGAUGUUCCGCUGGCCCACUACAAAACGAUGGGCUGCACACCGGUCGGCAACACGAGCACAACCGGCUGCCCGGAACGUUACGAGUGUCCCUCGUUGAGCGCACACGAUAAUGCAAAGUGUUACUUCAACGGCAAAACGUACAGCAUCAGCGAGUCGGUGCCGGACGAAGAGGUGGCCCAGUUUUGUUCCGUCCUAUGCUACUGCCGUGGCGCCACCCCGUUUGCCAAGUUCCGCUGCGUUCACGUCGAUUGUCCGGAAUUUUUCCACCGAUUCGAUCACGAAAAUUGUCUGCGGCAGUACAAGAAGAAGAAGUGCUGCGCGGCGGGCUCCGUGUGCGGCGCCGAGCGCGACAAGCUGGCCACGUGCGAGCUGGAGAAUGAGAUCUACCGGGAGGGUCAGCGCAUUCACUUCAAGGACAACAAGUGCCGCAGUUGCCUUUGCACGAAGGGCUUCAACGCGAGCGCCAUCGACAGCGAUCCGAGCUGUUACGACACGAUCUGUGGCUUCGAGCUGUUCGAGGAGAAGCACGUGUAUGGUGGCGGCGCGCCGGUGUACAAGGCCGAUCGCUGCUGCCCGUGGGAAUGGCGUCUGCCUCAAGAGACGGACAAAAUCGUGAAGGGCAGUAAGCCGACCGCAGAUUCACAGGGGCAGUGUAAGUACGGGAAGCUAACACUCAACGUUGGCGACUCCUUGGACAUCUCGCAGCUUACUGGGGAAGGUCAGAAAAUGGCUUGCACGUGUGCGAUUCCACCCUUAGUGCAUUGUGUGCUAAAGUGAAGCGGGAUAAUCGAAAAGGGUCAAAAUGACAACAAUAAACUCUUUGCAUUACAUUUAUUAUAACACGCUGCACAUAACGGUUAUUAGGUUACGUGAUAUUGGUAGAUCAACAAUA